AAAGAGGACCAAAUUUCUUGAUGAAAAAUUUAGGUGUAAACUAUUCCACAAACCCUAGAUCAUCGGUUAUCUCCGUCAAGAUGGAGUCUAAGUCUUUCCACUCUACAUACAGCGAAGAGCCUGGGCAAGGCCAGGCUCUUCGACGCAAUAUUACUAGGAAGAGUUCAAGUUCAUCCACGGGAGAUAGGAUAAUUAAAGAAUUUAAGAAAUUUAUAAAAUAAGCAAGCACUUGAGCUACCUAAAACAGUUGAUGAUUCUAAGGUUUUAAAGGCACUCAAGUAUUGUAAGUAUAACCACAAAAAGACUUUUGACUUGAUCAGACGAAAUAUCAAAUGGGCAUGAACGUCGGAGGUCUAUGAAUCUGGCAGGGAUUCAACUAAGUCAUUACAGAAAUCAAACCCAAAUAUUUCAGCAAGAAGCAUAAUUUCAACUAAGGAAAAUGGUAUGGACUUCUCAUUCAAAGGAGUAAGGAAGCUUACCACUGAUCCUGAGAAUAUCUCAAGGGUAACUAAAUCUAAUGGAAAAAGAGAAUUUAAAAUUGUUCCACAUGAGUUGGAAAACCUGAAUGAAAACGAACGCUUAAGAAUUUAUUCAUCAGACCAAAGCCCUGCAAAGAUUUCAGCUUUUAAGCUACUAAAGUCAGGUUCUUUUAAAGAAGUGAGCAUGACUCAAGAAGGAAGGCUCCCUCAAAAGUCUUUUGCUGACAUGGUCAAUUCAUUUCAAAUUUCUCCAAAAGAAAGACAGAAAUCAAGUGAGGCUAUUUUUGCUGAGCACAGUUUCCAAAUAAUUAACCAAAAAUAACUACACGAGUUGUUUAAAAUCUGAGAAUAGCCAAGACAAAAGAGAGCUUAUUGUUUCAGAAAACAUUGAUUCAGAUGAGUCUUCUACUAAUGGGAGCAUGAAUUCAUUUGGUGUCAUGACUACACAUCAGACCAUCUUAUCAGAUGGUUCUAAAGAUUUUGGACAGAUUGAUCAAAAACUAAAUUUUGAAGAAGAUCCAUUAGAUCCAGAGAAGGAAUCUUCAGAAUGUCAAAAUAGGUAUUUUAAACUCCAAAACGGGAGGAAGAUCUAUCUCUGGAACUUUGAUUAAGCUUUGGUUGCGAGAUCCCGGUCAAAUCCAUAAUUUAACCACCAACUUUAGGAAUUAUUAGGUA